GUGUUUGCCAACCCAGAAGACGCUGCCACCGUGAGCCGGAAGUUGCAACCUGUCUUCAACGACCCGGAUGUAGAACGUGUUCGUCGAGCCCACCGAAACGAUUUGGAGAACAUCUUGCCCUACUUCCUGGUCAGCUUCCUGUACCUGCUGACCGGACCGAGUGUGGCUUUUGCUGCGAAUCUAAUAAGGGCGGCAGCUCUGGGUCGGAUCCUCCAUUCGCUGGUCUACGCCGUGGUCGUGAUCCCGCAGCCGGCUCGAUUCCUGAGCUUUGCCCUAACGAUGGGCAUUACCAUCUACAUGGGCCUGCAGUGUGCGGCGUACUAUUUGUAAGCGUUGGAAGGAUAUUUUUGAAAAGGGAAAUUAAAUUAAAGAUCAAUAAAAAAAAAAAUUAAAAUCAGUUGAAAAGCGGGUUGUAGUGAUACAGUAAUGGGUACUAUAAUGAUGUAUCAAAAUUCCAAUGUUAAGAAAAUUUGCGAUGCCAGAUAAAUCUUUAACGUUUUUA